UUGCCAUUCCCAACACUGUUGGCUAAUCCCCCCCAUGGUGUUCAUCAGUAUUUGGUGGUGACCUUAACACACGAGUGGUGGGCAUGGAAAAAACUCCCUCCUUCCUGAGUUCAUUAAGUGACUCCAAGUCAAAGAUGUUCUGCAGCUGAAGCAGCUCACCUGGCACACAGGUGGCUUUGAGGAUCGGGGAAAGGCCACCUAUAGGAUACUCCACCCACUGUCCUUACCUGUAUUUAGCCUUCUCUUCUGAAGUCUAAACUGGAAGAGCAAAUGCACAUCCUGGGCCAUCUUCCAAUGAUGGAACAUGUAGAGCAGGGCUCUUCAAUCUAUCACAUGGAGGCUCUCCCUGGGCACAAACUGGUUGGUGGGCAGUUUGGGGACGAGAGUAAAGAUGGAAUCCACUAAUCUACUUAAGUCCGUGCUGCGAUCCACCAAACCCAGUAAGCACCUAAACUCACUUGGUGUCGAAGUUUUUCAGAGUAGAAGUUCCCUAGAUGCCUAAGUUUCUGCCUCUAGGGCCCACACCGCUGCCUCACACUAGGCGUCCAGACAUCUACCUCCCACCUAAGCCCUGGAAUGAUUCACAAACUGGGAGACAAUAGGUGGCUAAAUGCCUCACCCAAGAGGCCCAAGCCGGCAGGUGCCUUCCGAGCAUGCCUACUUGAUCGGCCCCAUUCAAAAUUCAAGGGAGGAGGAGAAGGUACUGCCUCCAUCCACUCUAUAAUUUCUAUCACGAAAGAGUCAUUUGGCCAGAGAGCGAGAGAAUAAGUCUACUACCCAGCUCUUUGGACACCCACCUGAGGGGCAGGAGACCCUGGGUCCAAUCAACCUGCUCCAAUCAGUCUUUCAAUAUUUAUCCACAGUGGAACAGCUUCAACAGGAGAGAUGGAGGGAACCCUACAUCAGAAUUAAUAUCCCAUUCUUCAGUGGUUAGCGCAUCUCCUGAGAGGUGGGAUACCUCUGUUCAAAUCCUUUCUUCCCCUCUGUCAGGGAGGGGGGAACUGAAUCUGGGCCUCCCACAUCCCAGCUGAGUGCUCCAACCACUCAGCUAAAAGUUAUAAAGUGGGCACCACCAACCAUUUUGUAUGGAACUAGGUCAGGAGACAGGCUAAAGGGGCUUUCUGGCACUCUUUGGACUAUACCCAAGUCCCUAGUUGUUUCUGGGAAGAGUGGAGUUAGUUGUGACUGUCUGAUUAAUGUAUAUAUUAAAAGGUCUGGAAUGCGACAACUGGAAGAAGGAACACUCCCUACAGCACCAGAUCUUUCGAAACACAUCUAAUCAGGUACUCGUGGUACAGCCAGGACCAGAGAAUACUGUCACGAAUGUAUUUGAGUCUAUGGCAGAUCAAGAGAUGAUACCUGGAUGCGGAGUGCAUUUCACCAUCCAUUAUUACAAAGACUACACGUUGGAGGAAGGGUUGCCUGUGGCAUUCAGCGUCCUGGUAGAAAACAAGACUUACUGUAUGUACUGCACACAUGAAAGUGGGGAAAAGACUAUUCGAUUUAGGGAAGAAGAAGUUCCCCUAGAAAUUCAUGAACAAAGCAGUGACAUCAUCUUCAUCCAAAAGUCAGUUUCACCAAUACACACAAAAGCAUUCAAAUUUGAAUCUUCACUAAUGCGAGGCUACUUCUUGGCCUUUCAGAAAGAAGAGGACUUAAGCAAACUGAUUUUAAAGCAAUGUGAAAAUGAAGACCAAGUGGAUGAAUCCAUAUAUAUGACUGUCUCCCAAAUAAACUGAUUUGAUAACGUACCAUACACAAGCAAUAUCUUGGCCAUUUUUAUCCAACUUUUAUUACAUAAGUGGUCAAAUUAUCUCUAUGCUAAACUGUGUAACCACUCAAACACACAGCCUCCGGGCACUGAGUUAAAUUCCUCGGGGUUUGUGCUGAGUUUAUUGACUCCAGGAUUAACACUUUUCAAUUCUUACCUGCAGCUGAGAGCAAAUACUGAAACAUAAAUUGGCGGACAUGGAGCUUAGGAAUUUUAUGAUCAUAGAGAUGAACGUCUGUUGCUAGUUACAACGGCUUCUAUGGUAAGGCUGCUAUUACUACAAUGCCUUCUCCAAAAAAAUAAAGCAAGUCUUUGCAUAAGAUUGUCAUUGCCAACUUUUUGAAUUAAGUAUUACAUUUGGAAUUAAAUGAACGUUUUGAUUUUUUUUUUAA